AUGUCGGAGGUGGAGUUCCUGGGAGAGAUCCUAGACGGCGAGAGGCACUUCUUCCCUUGGCAGCAGGCCGCCGACGGGAGCCCCCAGGUAGACCGAGAAGCCAUAAUUAGAAAGCUUCUGCCGACAGUCUACUCCGGGCCAACGAUUGGAGACAUUGAGAAUGCUCUGGCCUUCACCUGCAGAGGGGCGGUGGAGUCGGGCGGUCUUGCCAUCCCUCGGCCUGCGUACGUCUCUCUCUCUCUCUCUCUCUCUCUCUCUCUCUCUCUAUCUAUCUAUCUAUCUAUCUAUCUAUCUAUCUAUCUAUCUAUCUAUCUUUCUGUAUUUCUGUCUUUCUUUCUAUCUAUCUAUCUAUCUAUCUCUCUCUCUCUCUCUGUCGUUUGAUAAUUGAGUGUCGGUGCUCGAGAGGGUUGUUCACAUGCUUUAUGAUUCUUGUAUUGUAGAAUAGCGUUCCCGGAUAAGGGUUUCAACAAGAUGGAGAACAAGUACACGCUGAAGAUCAAAUGCUGUGCGAACGGGGUAGCCGAUGACGGGUACAAAUGGAGAAAGUACGGGCAGAAGUCUAUCAAGAACAGCCCAAAUCCAAGGUCUUCGUCUUUCCCCGAUCUCACGCUCUCUCUCCCUUCCUCCCCCAUGCAUCUAUGGAUUAAAUAAUCAACUACGCAAGUUGCCUAGUUCAUUUAAAUAUCUAUUUCUUCGUUUAUUUUCUAAUAAAUAAGAUAAGCCUGGCUAGGAGGCAUCGACUUCAGCAAUUCCCUUGUCCCGCGCUUCUCCGAUGCAUCGUUUCUAUCUCCUCUUCUUUUGCAAGAAAGUUCAUCUCGAAAAAUUCGAUGGCGAGUGAUUCAAUCUCCUAUUCUACCAUCCGUCCGAGGUUCUCCAGCGCCACGGCGGCGGAGGAGGCCGUCGCAGUGAAUACAGAAGGUUUGGGUGGGGCGUAGGAGUUCCAUAAGAGGCCACGGGCGGCCAUUCCGUCACACGAAGGAGGACGAAGGGUGGCCAGCUUGCCCCUUCGUAGCUCUCUUCCUUCGUUUCCAAGGUCUUGAAAUAGCCCAUCUUUCACCCUUGGGAUUCUUCUGAAAUUGUGUAAGCUCCAUUAAUUCUAAAAAUAUUAAAGAGGGAACGAGUAGGUCUGGUUUUCCUUCGCUGAGAUUAUCAGUGCUUUCUUCUCUGGAGAUUUUAAGACCGAUAUCCUUACAUGUGUGUGCAUGCCCCUGCAACCCCCACCACCACUCAAAUUUAGUAAAACCCAAGGCCGCAACAAGGCAAAUAAGAAGAAACGGAUUGAGGGCCAGGAUUCCCUCUCUCUCUCUCUCUCUCUCUCCAUAUAUGUGCAGUCGCCUGACAAGAUUUACUAUUAUUGGAACAGGAGUUAUUACAGGUGCACAAACCCGAGAUGCAACGCGAAGAAGCAAGUGGAGAGGUCGGUGGAGGACCCGGAAACGCUCAUCGUCACCUACGAGGGGUUGCAUCUGCACUACGCCUACUCGCACUUCCUCCUCUCCCGGCCUCUCUCCUCUUCCGCCGCCGCCGCCGUUCCCGCAGCGAAGAGGGCCAAGGCGGACUUGCCGGCUGGACAGACUGUUGCGACGGCGCAGACUCAAGAGGCCCAAGCUGCAGAAGAAAACCCUCAGCAGGAGCCCGUGGAAAACCUCGUCCAAACCCCGCCGCAGGGCCUUCUGGAGGACAUCGUUCCCCUUCUCGUCCGGAACCCCUACAACUCCGGCGCCGCCGCCACAUCCGGCGACCCCUCUCUCUCCUCCGUGCCGUCGUCCCCACCCUCCUCGGCUUCGUCGUCCUUCACCUGGCCGCACAGCCCAUCUUACCUCGAUCUCGGCGUCCUCUCUGGCAUCGUAUGA